CGCUUCCCGCCAUAUUUAUACCCCCCCGCGCGCAAAACGGCCAUACCCGUACGAGCUUCGAAGUCCUCUUCUCGUUUCGCUUGGAGUCGCCAUGGGUUCCCCGUCCAGAGCCGCCCUGGUGCUCGCGCUGCCUCUCCUUUGCCUCCUGUCAGGGGCGACGAUGCGUGCGGAGGCGGCCAGGAUGUUCACGAUCAUCAACAAGUGCGAGACGACGGUGUGGCCGGCGGUGACGCCGGGGGGCAGCUUCGGCGGGGGCGGGUUCGAGCUCAAGACGGGGCAGUCGGCCGUCUUCACGGCGCCGCCGGCGUGGUCGGGCCGCAUCUGGGGCCGCACGGACUGCGCCUUCGACCAGGCCGGCACCGGCAAGUGCGGCACGGGCGCCUGCGGCGCGGCCCUCAAGUGCGGCGCGUCGGGCGACCCGCCGGCGAGCCUGGCCGAGUUCACGCUCGCCACCACGGACUUCUACGACGUGAGCCUCGUGGACGGCUUCAACCUGCCCAUCACGGUGACCCCCGUGAGCGGGCGCGGCAACUGCUCCGUGGCCGGCUGCGACGGCGACCUCCGGGACACCUGCCCCGCCGAGCUCUCCGUGAAGGGCUCCAACGGGAAGACGGCGGCGUGCCGGAGCGCCUGCGACGUGUUCAACACCGACCAGUACUGCUGCCGCGGCAAGUUCGGGGGGCCGUCCACCUGCCCGCCCACGCCAUACUCCAAGAAGUUCAAGGAGGCCUGCCCGUCGGCGUACAGCUACGCCUACGACGAUCCCAGCAGCCUCUUCCAGUGCUCCGGCGCCGACUACGUCAUCACCUUCUGCGCAAACAGGAAGCAAUCGGUGUGCACGCACCACAACAACAAGCUCGAGUGCGAUGCCUCAAGCCGACACCUGCCGAUCAUGUCCGCCAUGAUGCUGCUGGUGCUGCUCGUCAGCUUUGUGGCACUGUAGUUUCCCAUGUGAUUCAGGAGAACAGAAUUUAAGGUGGAGGAUCUCGGUAUUUCUUUGGAGUUUGGAGAGGGGACGUUAGCGAUCUUCUUUUUUUUACCUGUGUUUUCGAUCGUCUGUCCGGGUGUGAAUGGAGGCGUGGCCACCGCAUGCAGUGAACAUGGUUCGUGUGAACUUUGGACCGCCUCUUGCCAAAUGUAAAUAGUGCGCAAAUGUAAGUGUGCCUUGCUCACUCAAAAUGUUCUUCCAUGGAAAUAAACAGUUUGAU